CCAUGUCUACCUUUGGCUACAGGAGAGGACUUAGCAAAUAUGAAUCCAUCGAUGAGGAUGAACUUCUUGCUUCCCUGUCAGCCGAGGAGCUGAAGGAGCUAGAGAGGGAGUUGGAAGACAUUGAACCUGAUCACAGCCUUCCCGUGGGGCUGAGGCAAAAGAGUCUGACCGAGAAAACUCCCACGGGGACAUUCAGCAGAGAGGCACUGAUGUCCUAUUGGGAAAAGGAGUCCCAAAAACUCUUGGAGAAGGAGAGGCUGGGGGAGUGUGGAAAGGUUGCUGAAGAAGAUAAAGAGGAGAGUGAGGAAGAGCUCAUCUUCACGGAAACUAACAGUGAGGUUUCUGAGGAGGUUUAUACAGAAGAGGAGGAGGAAGAGGAGGAGGAGGAGGAGGAGGAGGAAGGAACAACUGAAAAUGAAAAAGGCAUUAAUGGAACUGUAAAUUAUGAUAGCAUCGAUUCUGAUAACUCUAAGCCAAAGACAUUUAAAAGUCAAAUAGAAAACAUAACGUUGACCAAUGGCCACAGUGGAAGGAACACGGAGUCUCCCACCGCCAUUCACCCUUGCGGAAACCCUACGGUGAUCGAGGAUGCCUUGGAAAAGAUUAGGAACAACGACCCUGACACCACAGAGGUCAACUUGAACAACAUCGAGAACAUCACCUCGCAGACCCUUGCCCGCUUCGCUGAGGCCCUCAAGGGCAACACGGUGGUGAAGUCUUUCAGUCUUGCCAACACGCGCGCAGAUGACAGUGCGGCCACGGCCAUUGCGGAAAUGCUCAAAGUCAACCAGCACAUCACCAACAUCAACGUGGAGUCCAACUUUAUCACGGGCAAAGGGAUCCUGGCCAUCAUGAGAGCUCUGCAGCAGAACACGGUGCUCACAGAGCUGCGCUUCCACAACCAGAGGCACAUCAUGGGCAGCCAGGUGGAGAUGGAGAUCGUCAAGCUGCUCAGGGAGAACACCACGCUGCUGAGGCUGGGCUACCAUUUUGAGCUCCCAGGACCAAGAAUGAGCAUGACGAGCCUCCUGACGAGAAACAUGGAUAAACAGAGGCAGAAGCGGAUGCAGGAGCAAAAACAGCAAGAGGGCUAUGAUGGAGGAGCCAAUCUUAGGACCAAAGUGUGGCAAAGAGGAACACCUGGCUCUUCACCUUAUGCAUCUCCCAGGCACUCUCCCUGGUCAUCCCCCAAACUCCCCAAGAAAGUCCCAACUGUGAGGAGCCGUCCUCCAUCUCCUGUGGCUCCACCCCCUCCUCCACCGCCACCCCCACCUCCGCUGCCCCCGCAGAGGCUGCCGGCUCCUCCUCCACCACCACCUCCUCCACUCCCAGAGAAAAAACUAAUCACCCGAAACAUUGCAGAAGUCAUCAAACAACAGGAGAGUGCCCAGCGGGCAUUACAAAAUGGACAGAAAAAGAAAAAAGGGAAAAAGGUUAAGAAACAACCAAACAACAUCCUAAAGGAAAUUAAAAAUUCCCUGAGGUCAGUGCAAGAAAAGAAAAUGGAAGAGAGCUCCCGACCUUCUACCCCACUCAGAUCAGCUCAUGACAAUCUCAUGGAAGCUAUUCGGGGAAGCAGUAUCAAACAGCUACGGCGGGUAAGUAACCCAAGAGCAGAUUUGGGGGCACAGAUGGAGGACGUGAGUGAGCCUUCAUUGCACAAUGGCACUCAAGUCACCUCUGAAAGUGUUUACUCGUGUUUAAAUAUUUUAGUAUGCAAGAGCAAGCCUCCAGAUUUGGAACACCAGGAGCAGGUCAGAAGUGAGCACAUUUCCAUUUGAGAAGUGUGCCUGGACCCCCUUCUUAGCAUCCCAGUUCUGGAAGGACCAGGACUAUUUUAAGACGCUCCGACAUUUAAAAACCCUGAUUUGCUUAAUAUGAAAAUCGGGAAUACAAUUUACACUCCAGAAAAGAUUUGUCACUUGUCAAAAUAUUUACCCCAGAGUGGCAAGUGAUUUACAACCUCAUUUAUAAUAUAAAAUUUGAAUAUUGAUUAGCACACAGCAAUAAUCUAUACCUGAGUUUUCGGAGAAUACUGCUAGCGACAUACAUACCCUACAGUUAUUUUCCCCUGAAUCAUUUAUGUUGUUUUAUUGAAAGGAAAUCCCCUAUUUUUAUAGGUGGAAGUUCCAGAAGCUCUGCGAUAAACACUUGAUCUUAAGAAGAGGAUGCAGAAUCACUCAGUGGUAUUAAAUAAGAUGCAUUGUGAGAUGUUUCUAAAAUGCCUUCUUCAAUUUGAAAUGUUUCCUGACUU